AUGUCCAACAACAAAAAGAAACCAACAGCAACUUCAAAAUUUUACAAUGAACCAGCGAUGGUGGAGGAAUUGUACACUGGAUACCUGAUCAAGUCCCCCGCUCAACAAGCCCUGACUAAAAGCACUAAAUCAUGGAAGCGUCGUUUGUUUGUGCUCUCCAAGACGGGUGAGGACACCUACCAGCUGACAUAUUAUGCAAACGAAAGAAAAGAGAUAGACCUUUCCAAGAUCAGCCUGCUGUUUAUUGGCCCCGAGGCACAUCAGGAGUGGGACUGGAUCCAGAAAAAAUUCAAAUGUUCUCCAUCCUCUGUGCUGUUCUUGAAGGUGGAAGACAACACACCAAAACACUCAAGAGACUAUUUCCUCAUUGGAAAAAACAGUGAUGAUGUGGAUGGUUGGCUCAAUGCUUUAGUCAAGGUAAUGAAGACCCAGAAAUCACGAUAUGCCCUUCAGGACAACAGAUUUAGAUCAGCAUCUGAACCUGUAAAGAGUUCAGAACCAAAGGUUGAGGAUGAGCCUGAUGAAAGACGGUCAGCACCUGAAUUAAUGCUAACUUACCCGUCACUGUACAGCCAUUAUGACUAUCCUCGCAAGCUCAGCGAACCUCUACUACCAGUAGCGCUCAAGAUUCCAGUUAUUGAGGAUGAAGAUGAUGAGGACGAGAUGCAGGAUGAAUCUGCAGAGGACAGUGAAUACAUGUCCAUGGCAUCAUUGCAAAGAGCUUUGGAAGAAGACCAACAGGAGGCGGACACUACAUGCACGCAGAAAAACACUUCCAUUAAUGGUCAAGAGUCCUCUGUGUGCAAUGGUGCAGUCAACCAGGAAGAGGACAAUGAAAAUAAACGGUAAAUUUUG